AAACAAAUGCAGCCGGGUUUGGUACGUGGACUUUGGUUUUCGCUAUAAAUGGAGUUGGGUGGGUAGCCCCCAUUCAUCAUUUCGUUUCAUCAGCUGCAUCUCACCUAAAAUCAAGUCGCCCGGUUGGCUAGAGGAAGGGGAGAAGCAAAAAGAAUGGAGAAGAGCAGAGUCCUGAUCGUGGGUGGCUCCGGGUACAUAGGGAGGAGGUUGGUGAAGGCAAGCUUGGCGCUCGGCCACCCCACCUACGUUCUCCAGAGGCGGGAGAUUGGCCUAGACAUCGAGAAGAUUCAAAUUCUGCUGGACUUCAAGCAGCAGGGGGCGCGUCUUGUGGAGGCUUCAUUUUCCGACCACCGGAGCCUCGUCGAUGCCGUGAAGCUCGUCGAUGUAGUCGUCUGUGCCAUGUCCGGUGUCCAUCACCGCGGCCACAGUAUCUUGAUGCAACUAAAGCUCAUUGAUGCCAUCAAAGAAGCCGGGAACAUUAAGAGAUUUGUACCUUCUGAGUUUGGAAUCGAUCCUGCUCGCAUGGCAGAUGCCCUUUCACCUGGUAGGAACACUUUUGAUGAGAAGAUGGUCGUGAGGAAGGCGAUUGAGGACGCCGGUAUCCCCCACACCUACGUCUCUGCCAACUGCUUUGCCGGAUACUUCGUCGGAGCCCUGUGCCAGCUCAGGCCCCUUAUACCAACAAGGGAUCGCGUCCAUUUGCAUGGGGAUGGCAGCGUUAAAGCUGUAUUUGUGGACGAGGAUGACGUCGGCACAUACACAAUCAAGGCCGUUGAUGAUCCCCGGACUCUCAACAAGACACUUUAUAUCCGGCCGCCAGAGAACGUCAUGUCUCAAAUGGAACUGGUGAAGAAAUGGGAGAAACUCAUAGGGAAACAAUUAGAGAAGAUUUCCAUCUCUGAAGAGGAGUUCCUGGCUUCAAAGAAAGCUGCAGACGAGAUAGUGCAGGCAGGAAUGGAUCAUUUCUACCACAUAUUCUAUGAAGGUUGCCUUACCAACUUUGAAAUCGGAGAGGAUGGAGCAGAGGCCUCCAAGUUGUACCCUGAAGUUGUGUAUACAAGGGUUGAAGAUUAUCUAAAACGCUAUCUAUGAUGCACCUGUAUGUGCCUGUGUACUCUAUGGAAUGGAAGAAGAAAGAAUGCGACCAAUCUGAUCACAAGGCUAAGGAAAAUUUGGGUACCAUCCAUAGUACUGCUUAAAGCUGUAUGUUGCUUUUGUUAUGAUCUUGUGGUGUACUGAGAUCUUGAUCUCUAUGUUAAUCAUGUUAAUCUUCAAACCAGUCAUAUCACUGAUACUCUUUAUACUACGAUUAAAAACAUACCGUGAUUUUUUUU